CUUGAAGGAAAGCCCGGAAAGGAGUUACAGAAUAACACAGAGAGAGAUUGACUAAAAAUUUCCGAGAAAAAGAAAGAAUGACUGAAGCACCAGGAAAUAAUAAAGAACAAAUUUUCUCAGUCAACAAACAACAACCAAAAAAAAAGGAUAACAAAGGCCGAACCUUUUUUCUCUUGGAAGAACGGAGAAGGAAAAGGGUUUCCUAAAAUUUGAUUUGGAAAAGAUUAUGCUGUGCUGAGAGUGGCCCUUUUUUGCAUCAUUGGGUUUUGAAUUUAACUCGGGGAAAGUUGGAAUUUUUGUGUCUGGGUUUGAUUGAAAAAGCACAAGGUUUAUAAAGCCGGAUAACGGUUUCUUCUUGUGGAGAUUGAGAUUGAAAAAACACAAGGUUUGGUCUGAUCGUUGAAGUUAAAGAAGUGGGUUUUGCAUCUAGUUUCCCAGAGGAGCAGGGGUUGUUUUGACCCCCUUUCUUUCUUUCAUUUUCAGGAAGACAUAAUAAGAUUCCUGCUUGCUUCAAAUUAAUCUUUUAAGUAUCUUUUGGUACUACUUAAUGGAUUUGUAGUGGGUUAUGUGGAAAAGUUAGAUAUCUAUUAGUAUUGUGCUUUUUAGAGGGUGGAACUUCUCUUUUGUUUAUAUGAAUUAUGUUCAAACAGAUACUAAGCAAGCUCCCCCGGAAGUCAGCCAAGAGUGCUGAAAAUCGAGAAUAUGGUGGAAGCCACACAACUUAUUCAAAUGCUUCUACAAGUUCAAGAGGCAAUGGUUUAGGGCAUAGCAAGUCUGGAAAUUCAGUUGCAUCUUUCCCAGCCUCUAAUUACGCUUCGGAAGUGGGACUAAUUCACAGUAACAAAAAUGUGCGAGGUGCAAACUCAAAGCUGAAUGGGACACCAAUCUCUUCUUAUUAUGAAGCAUUGCCCGGAUUUAGGGAUGUACCGAGCUCUGAGAAGCAGAAUUUGUUCAUAAAAAAGCUGAACAUGUGCUGUGUCGUCUUUGACUUCAAUGACCCAACAAAGCACCUCAAAGAAAAGGAGAUCAAGCGACAGACAUUGCUAGAGCUAGUGGAUUAUGUGACUUCUGCAAAUGGUAAAUUUGCAGAAACUGUUAUGCAAGAGGUUAUAAAUAUGGUAUCGGCUAAUUUGUUUAGGUCGUUCACUCCACAAUCACGUGAGAAUAAAAUUGUAGAAGGAUUUGAUUUCGAUGAGGAGGAGCCUGCAAUGGAUCCUGCAUGGUCCCACUUGCAAAUUGUUUAUGAGUUUCUCUUAAGGUUUGUUGCAUCACCUGAGACGGAUGCUAAAUUGGCUAAAAGAUACAUUGAUCACUCGUUCAUUCUCAAGUUGUUGGAUCUCUUUGACACUGAAGAUCCUAGAGAAAGGGAAUACCUGAAAACCAUCCUGCACAGAAUAUAUGGGAAGUUUAUGGUACAUCGUCCAUUCAUCAGGAAAGCUAUCAACAAUAUCUUUUAUCGUUUCAUCUUUGAGACUGAGAAGCAUAAUGGGAUUGCUGAACUUUUAGAAAUUUUGGGCAGUAUCAUAAAUGGGUUUGCUUUGCCUUUGAAAGAAGAACAUAAAUUGUUUCUUGUUCGAGCGCUUAUACCCUUGCACAAACCGAAAUGCUUGGCUAUGUACCAUCAGCAGUUAUCUUACUGCAUUACACAAUUUGUGGAGAAAGAUUGUAAGCUUGCUGAUACAGUCAUAAGGGGUUUAUUGAAGUACUGGCCAAUCACUAAUAGUUCAAAGGAAGUAAUGUUCUUAGGUGAGUUGGAGGAAAUUUUAGAAGCAACUCAGCCACCUGAAUUCCAGCGCUGCAUGGUACCCCUCUUUCGCCGAAUUGCUUGCUGCUUGAACAGUUCACACUUUCAGGUGGCAGAGAGAGCUUUGUUUUUAUGGAACAGUGAUCACAUUGAGAACUUGAUCAAACAAAAUCGCGAUGUCAUACUGCCCAUUAUCUUCCCUGCAUUGGAGAAAAAUGCUAGAAGUCAUUGGAAUCAAGCUGUCCAUGGCUUGACCUUAAAUGUACGCAAAAUGUUCUGUGAUAUCGAUCCUGAGCUAUUCAAAGAAUGCUUAACUGCGUUCGAGGAAAAUGAGUCGAAGAAAGACGAGAUUAAAGCAAGAAGGGAAGCCACGUGGAAACGCUUAGAAGAAAUUGCUGCAAACAAAGCUGCAAGCAAUGAAGCUGUGCUUGUUUCUGUCAAAUCACCUCCGCUUAAGGCUUCAAUUUAGCAAACAGCAAGGGACACUUCUUCCCUGCUGAAAAUGAGUCCAAUUUUUUUGAUUAAAAUGGUAUUUGGUAAGACUGGUUAAUCUUGAUUCAGAAGGUGGAAUAUAUUACAUUUAUUAAUUUAUUCACCUGUUAAUACAAAUUUUCAAGACCA